AUGACAGUGAUCUGGGAGAAUUCCCGGGAUGAGGACCUGAGGAGAGUUAUAAAGAAUCACAAAGCCAGUCUGAAGAAGAGGUUUGAGAACAUCUCUGAAGGCAUCAUCAAACCAGGAGCUGAGAUACUCCUCAAUAAGAUCUACACAGAGCUCUACAUCACAGAGGGAGAGAGUGAAGGGGUGAACAAGGAACAUGAGGUUUGGCAGGUAGAGUCAGCGUCCAGAUCUCAAUCCACAGAAGACAUACCAAUCAACUGCAACGACAUCUUCAAGCCCUUACUUGGACAGGAGAAGCACAUCAGAACUGUGAUGACCAAAGGUGUUGCUGGUAUUGGAAAAACUGUCUCAGUGCAAAAGUUCAUUCUUGAUUGGGCAGAUGGGGUGGCCAAUCAGGAUAAAGAUUUUAUGUUUCCCCUUUCUUUCCGUGAGCUUAAUUUAGUCAGGGGUGAUCAGUAUAGUCUUCACAGCCUCCUGCUUGACUUCCACCCUGAGCUGAAGGAGUUGAAUGAUGGUGAAGGAUACAAAGACUGUCAGGUUGUGUUCAUAUUUGAUGGUUUGGAUGAGAGUCGGUUGACUCUGGACCUGGACCUCAUUCAGGGACCUCUGCUUCCCUCUGCACUCAUCUGGAUCACCUCAAGACCAGCUGCAGCCAGUCAGAUUCCUGCUCAGUUCAUUGACCAGGUAACAGAAGUACGAGGAUUCAAUGACCCACAGAAGGAAGAAUACUUCAGGAAGAGAAUCAGAGAUGAGAGUCAGGCCAACAGAAUCAUCUCACACAUUCAGACAUCCAGGAGUCUCCACAUUAUGUGCCACAUUCCAGUAUUUUGUUGGAUUGCAGCUACUGUACUUCAGCAGAUGCUGGAAAGGAAAAACAUCAAAGACAUUCCCAAAACGCUGACUGAGAUGUUCAUACACUUCUUGCUCAUCCAAACAACAAGAAAGGAUCAGAAGUAUCAGAGUGGAUCUGAAAAAGAUACAAAGAAACUUCUGGAAUCUCAGAGGAUCAUUUUACUUAAGCUGGCAGAACUGGCUUUCAAGAAUUUAGAGAAUGGCAACCUCAUGUUUUAUGAGGAAGACCUGAGAGAGUGUGGCAUUGAUGUCAGUGAAGCCUCAGUGUACUCUGGCAUGUGCACUGAGAUCUUCAAGACAGAAAAUGUGGAAUUUCAAAACAAGAAGGUCUACUGCUUUGUGCAUCUGAGUGUCCAGGAGUUUCUGGCAGCGGUGUUUGUGUUUCACUCGUAUUUGGCUAAGAAACUUGAGGCAUUGAAAUGCUUCCUCGGUGAAAAGGAAAGAGAUGAACUCAAUCCAUCAUUUUUAUCUUCUCUUCAAUCAGCACUAGGAUUAAAAGACAAUUUACAUAUAUUACUUAAGAGUGCAGUUGAUAAGGCAUUGGAGAGCCAGAACGGACACCUGGAUCUCUUCCUUCGCUUUCUAAUGGGCGUUUCUGUGGAGAGAAAUCACAAACUUCUGCAAGGUCUACUGAGCAACACACACAACAGUUCUUAUAGUAUCAAGGAAACAUGUCAGUACAUGAAGAAGCUCAACAGAGAAGGUCUCUCUCCUGAACGAUGCAUCAAUCUUUUCCACUGCUUAUUUGAAAUGAAUGAUGAUUCCAUGCACAAAGAAAUUCAGACAUUUCUGUCAUCACCAAAGAACAUCAAACAGGAGUUGUCUCCUGCCCACUGUUCAGCACUGGCCCACAUGCUUCUGAUGUCUGAGGAUGUGCUGGAUGAGAUUGAGCUGAAGAAAUACAACACAUCAGAUGAGGGACAGGAGACUGAUCCCAGCUCUCUGACUUCAAACCCCUCCCAUCUAAAGGAGCUGGAUCUGAGCUGCAAUCAUCAUGGAGAAUCAGGACUGAAGCUGUUAUCUGCUAGACUGGAGGAUCCUGCCUGUAAACUGGAGAUACUUAAGUUAAGAGCUGAACUGACCCAGGAUCUAGGACCCAGGAGACACCUGCACACUGAACAUACACCAGGCAGAAGGAGGGAACUAGAUGAGAACCUGAGGAGAAUUAUAAAGAAUCACAAAGCCAGUCUGAAGAAGAGGUUUGAGAACAUCUCUGAAGGCAUCAUCAAACCAGGAGCUGAGAUACUCCUCAAUAAGAUCUACACAGAGCUCUACAUCACAGGAGGAGAGAGUGAAGGGGUGAACAAGGAACAUGAGGUUUGGCAGGUAGAGUUAGCAUCCAGAUCUCAAUCUUCAGAAGACAUACCAAUCGACUGCAACAACAUCUUCAAGCCCUUACCUGGACAGGAGAAGCACAUCAGAACUGUGAUGACCAAAGGUGUUGCUGGUAUUGGAAAAACUGUCUCAGUUCAGAAGUUCAUUCUUGAUUGGACAGAUGGGUUAGCCAAUCAGGAUGUAGAUUUUAUGUUUCCCCUUUCUUUCCGUGAGCUUAAUUUAGUCAGGGGUGAUCAGUAUAGUCUCCACAGGCUCCUGCUUGACUUCCACCCUGAGUUGAAGGAGCUGAAUGAUGGUGAAGAAUACAAAGACUGUCAGGUUCUGUUCAUCUUUGAUGGUUUGGAUGAGAGUCGGUUGACUCUGCACCUGAAGCAAAACAGUAAGUUGUCUGAUGUGAAACAAACAUCAUCAGUGAAUGUUCUGAUGACGAGCCUCAUUCAGGGAACUCUGCUUCCCUCUGCACUCAUGUGGAUAACCUCAAGACCAGCUGCGGCCAGUCAGAUUCCUGAUCAGUUCAUCGACCAGGUAACAGAAGUACGAGGAUUCAAUGACCCACAGAAGGAAGAAUACUUCAGGAAGAGAAUCAGAGAUGAGAGUCAGGCCAACAGAAUCAUCUCACACAUUCAGACAUCCAGGAGUCUCCAAAUUAUGUGCCACAUUCCAGUCUUUUGUUGGAUUGCAGCUACUGUACUUCAGCAGAUGUUGGAAAAGAAAAACAUCAAAUACAUUCCCAAAACGCUGACUGAGAUGUUCAUUCACUUCUUGCUCAUCCAAACCACAAGAAAGGAUCAGAAGUAUCAGAGUGGAUCUGAAAAAGAUACAAAGAAACUUCUGAAAUCUCAGAGAAUAAUUUUACUGAAGCUGGCAGAACUGGCUUUCAAGAAUCUAGAGAAUGGCAACCUCAUGUUUUAUGAGGAAGACCUGAGAGAGUGUGGUAUUGAUGUCAGUGAAGCUUCAGUGUACUCUGGCAUGUGCACUGAGAUCUUCAAGACAGAAACUGUGGAAUCUCAAAGGAAGAAGGUCUACUGCUUUGUCCAUCUGAGUGUCCAGGAGUUUCUGGCAGCUGUGUUUGUGUUUCACUCGUAUUUGGCUAAGAACUUUGAGGAAAUUAAAUGCUUCCUCUGUGAAAAGGAAAGAGAUGAACUCAAUCCAUCAUUUUUAUCUAAUGUUGUAUCAGCAUUUGGAGGACAAACUCAAGACAACUUGCAUGUUUUACUAAAGAGGGCAGUUGAUAAGGCUUUGGGGAGCCAGAAUGGACACCUGGAUCUCUUCCUUCGCUUCCUUAUGGGCAUUUCUCUGGAGAGAAAUCACAAACUUCUGCGAGGUCUACUGAACCGCACACACAACAGCUCAGAUAGCAUCAAGGAAACAUGUCAGUACAUGAAGGAGCUCAACAGAGAAGGUCUCUCUCCUGAACGAUGCAUCAAUCUUUUCCACUGCUUAUUUGAAAUGAAUGAUGAUUCCAUGCACAAAGAAAUUCAGACAUACUUGUCUUCACCAAAGAACAUCAAACAGAAGUUAUCUCCCGCCCACUGUUCAGCACUGGCCCACAUGCUUCUGAUGUCUGAGGAUGUGCUGGAUGAGAUUGACCUGAAGAAAUACAACACGUCAGAUGAGGGACGCAGGAGACUGCUCCCAGCUGUGAGGUGCUGCAGAAAGGCACGACUUUCUGAAUGCAAACUCUCAGAGAAGUCCUGUGGAAUUAUGGCUACUGUUCUACAGUCACCAAACUCCCUGAUAGAGCUGGACCUGAGUCACAAUAACUUGGGAGAUUCUGGAGUCCAUCUUCUCUCUAAGGGACUGUCUAGUCCCCACUGCAAACUGCAGACCUUAAGACUUGCUGAAUGCAAACUCUCACAGAAGUCCUGUGGAAUUGUGGCUGCUGUUCUACAGUCACCAAACUCCCUGAUAGAGCUGGACCUGAGUCACAAUGACCUGGGAGAUUCUGGAAAUCAGCUUCUCUCUAAGGGACUGUCUAGUCCCCACUGCAAACUGCAGACCAUAUUAGGCGUGAGGCCAGAGGCCAAGCACAUUUCCUGUGAGUUCACACUGGACCCAAAGACGGCACACAAAGAACUCCUUCUGUCUGAGGGGAACAGGAAGGUGACGCGGGUGAGUGAGGAGCAGCCGUAUCCUGACCACCCAGACAGAUUUACUCACUGGGAACAGGUGCUGAGCAGAGAGCCUCUGACUGGACGCUGCUACUGGGAGUGGGAGUGGAGUGGGGACCGUGUUGAAGUGGGAGUGGCCUAUAAAAGCAUCAGCAGGAGUGAAGGGAUCAGAUACUCUGCCACGGCCUGGAGUCUGCUCUGUUACAGUCACACAUACGUAGCCUGGUACAAUGGAAAAAACAAUGACCUACGCGUCCGCCCCAAAGGCUCCAUGAGAGUAGGAGUGUAUGUGGAGCGUGAGGUCGGCACUCUGUCCUUCUACAGGGUCUCCUCUGAUACUCUCACACACCUGCACACCUUCACCACCACAUCCACUAGUGAGCCCCUACAUGCAGUGAUUUGGGUUGGUAAUGACUCAUCAGUGUCUCUGAUCUAG